AGGCUAGAGAAGAUGGGUGCUCUUGAUGUGAACAAGGUGGUCCAUGGGCACCAAGGAUGGCGCCUAGUUACUUGUGCCUGGCUUCAUGCUGGAGUGGUCCAUAUACUCGCCAAUAUGUUGAGCCUUCUUUUCAUUGGAAUUAGACUCGAACAAGAAUUUGGAUUUCCCAGAAUAGGCCUUCUAUACAUUAUCUCUGGGCUUGGUGGUAGCUUACUAUCUGCUCUCUUUAUCCAAUCAAGCAUAUCAGUAGGUGCUUCAGGAGCACUUUUUGGAUUACUAGGCGGCAUGCUCUCCGAACUCAUAACAAAUUGGUCAAUUUACGCAAAUAAGCUUGCAGCAUUGCUGACACUUGUGUUCAUCAUUGUAAUAAACCUGGCUGUUGGCGUCCUCCCACAUGUGGACAACUUUGCUCAUAUUGGAGGUUUUAUCUCUGGAUUUCUUCUUGGCUUUGUACUAUUGAUUCGCCCUCAGUUUGGAUGGAUCAGCCAACAGAAUCAACCUCCUAGUGAACAACACAUUGGUUCGAUGAAACGUAAGCAUAGGAUGUAUCAGUAUGUACUGUGGAUAGCUGCUGCAAUUCUUCUGAUUGUGGGAUUUACAAUUGGUAUGAUCAUGCUUUUUCGUGGGGUUAAUGGCAAUGAUCACUGCUCUUGGUGCCAUUAUCUGAGCUGCGUUCCCACUUCAAGAUGGCAUUGCAAUUCAUCAGCAACUAAUUGCUCGGCAUAUCAAGAUGGGAACCAGUUGAAUUUAACGUGUGAGGGUGGCAGUGACAGAAGCCAGACCUACCCCUUACCAAAUGCGAGCAGUGAUAGGAUUGAAGAGCUUUGCUCCCAACUCUGCAGUUGACAUUACCUACUCUCAAAUAUGGGAUGAUUUGCCGCUGAUUCUUUGUAUAAAUCAUUGAGGAUUUU